AACAAGAAUACCUUGUAUUCAUACAUACCAUCUAUGUACGUACUUACGUACAUACACAAACCCCCCUGCCCAUUCAAGAAAGAGAGAGAUUUACAGAGAGAGAGAGAAAGAGAUGUCUAGAAUACAUUGACGCAGCACAGAAAUGGGUCCAUUGUCCUCUACGUGAAUUCAAAACCUUUUUCUGUAAGGACACGAUCCGGGUCUGCCGCUCCUUUCACCAUUGUCCCCCCCUUCCCCUCCCCUCUUCUUCACUCUCUCAUCCCUUAAUCUCUCUCUCUCCCCCGUACUGCGAUAUUUGUUGCCGUGUUGUCUGAAAUAUGGAAGAUCAAUAUGGGAUGGCCGAUCUGCGGCAGUUCAUAAGCAGUAGGCCUUUAUUUCCGCCCAUCCCUCAGCCGCCGGACUUGCUUUCCAGCCACCGUGGUUUGAACCCGCCUCACCCAUACGACAUGCUCAUCUUUCGCUCAGAUUCCACUACUACUGCCAAUACUACUAAUGCAGGAGGAGCUGCUGGUUCCAGCAGCGCCGCCGGCCCCGGUGGCUGUUUCGGUGGGUUUGAAAAUGGAGGGGGAGUGGGCGGAGACGGUGGCACGGGGAGGUGGCCGAGGCAAGAGACGCUUACUCUUCUUGAGAUCAGAUCAAGGCUUGACCCCAAGUUCAAGGAGGCCAACCAGAAGGGUCCCUUGUGGGAUGAGGUCUCAAGGAUAAUGUCUGAGGAGCACGGAUAUCAGAGGAGUGGCAAGAAAUGCAGAGAGAAGUUUGAGAACCUGUACAAGUAUUACAAGAAGACUAAAGAAGGCAAGGCUGGAAGGCAAGACGGCAAACAUUACAGGUUUUUCAGACAACUUGAAGCUCUCUAUGGUGAAACUAAUAAUUCAGCCGCUUCUGUCGCGGAAGCCCAUCUUGUAGGUGGGAGUUUCCAUUACAAUUUUCCGAAUAAAAACACUUCAUUAGCCGGUAAUCAGGAAGCCCUUCAAGGCCCGAAGCUCUCCGACACCAGCCUUAGUCUCUCGAAUUAUUCUGAUGCAGACACUAGUUCAUCAGACAAUAGUGAUGAUCUCAACGAAGGGAUUGCUGAUAACGAAUCAAAGAACAAGAAAAGAAGGGGCAAGAGGAGCUGGAAAGUGAAGAUCAAAGAUUUCAUUGACGUACAGAUGAAGAAGUUGAUGGAUAAACAAGAGGCCUGGAUGGAGAAAAUGAUGAGGACGAUUGAGCAAAAGGAGCAAGAAAGGCUGUUAAGAGAAGAGGAAUGGAGAAAACAAGAUGCUGCCAGGAUAGAAAGAGAGCACAAAUUCUGGGCCAGCGAAAGAGCCUGGAUUGAAUCUCGAGAUGCUGCUCUAAUGGAUGCUUUGCAAAAACUGACUGGAAAAGAACUGAGGGCUUCAACCCCGGAGGAGCUGAUAAUCCGUAGCUUAAGCGAAAACCAGAACGAUGAUGGGAGUGAAACGAUGACUAACUCAGUUAAAGGCGAUAUCUGGCCUGAAUGUGAGAUCACAAGAUUGAUUCACUUGAGAACUGGAAUGGAAGUAAAAUUCCAGCAGAGAGGGGCCUCAGAAGAGGUGCUGUGGGAGGAAAUAGCAACUAAAAUGGCCUGUUUCGGACAUGACAGGAGUGGUCUGAUGUGCAAAGAAAAGUGGGAUAGUGUCAAUAAUUAUCUACUCAAGUGCAACAAGAAAAGAAAGGAGAAUUCAAAAGGCUGCACAUACUAUCAGAGUCAUGAGUCUAUUUCAAAUCAAGGAGGAUCAGGAGUCUACUGUGACACCAGUGAACACGGGGUCAACCUUGAUCAUACAAUAAGGCUUAAUAAUCAUGGAAAUAAUUCAUCUCCUAACACUAAUACAGGCAAUCCCAUGAGUGAUAGCUGCUUUAGGUACUUCAUGGGAGAUGCUUAUGGGAGAAUUAUGGACUGAAAUCAACAAGGCUUUGAACUUAAUUAUUACAAUUCUGAUCAUUUUAGGACAACAUUACAAGGUAAGCAGGUGCAGACCAGGUGAAUCAUGACUUACAAUAUGUGACUUGGGAGGUGAAAGUUUAGCUAUGGUUGUCGGUAGCUGUUUGUGAUUCAAAGAGCUGACUCAGGGGGAUUUAAUGCAUAAGAUGAAGUUGGAAGUACGUAGAGGUGCUGAUUGUUGUUCUAUUAGCUUAAUUUCCGUGGUGAUUUCUUCUGGUGGGCAAGUACGUACUAUGCGCCUCGCAGUCGUUUGCUACCCUGCAUGUGGUAAUCUUAAAUAACUCUUGUGUUCAUUUGUUUUUGUUGUUGAAGUUUUGCGAACUGCUAGACUAGACAGAAGUUAAUUAUGUGAACAACUGAUCAUUUUAACAUAUGAUUGUUUGCAUAAUUUGUUUGUACUAUAUUUGAAAUCUACUGCAUUAAGAUUAUAAA